CUACCUCAUGAAGCUGGUUGAGAGAAUGCCAAGAGUGUGCAAAGCUGUCAUCAAGGCAAAAGGGUGGCUACUUUGAAGAAUCUAAUAUAUUUUAUAUUUUGAUUUGUUUAACACUUUUUUGGUUACUACAUGAUUCAAUAUGUGUUAUUUCAUAGUUUUGAUGUAUUCACUAUUAUUCUACAAUGUAGAAAAUAGUCAAAGUAAAGAAAAACCCUUAAAUGAGUAGGUGUGUCCAAACUUUUGACUGGUACUGUACCUUAAAAAAAAUGGGCCUCACGAUGGCAACAGGAUCUUGUCAGGGUAUUUUUGUGCGUUCAAAUUUCCAUCGAUAAAAUGCAAUUGUGUUUGUUGUUCCUAGUUUAUGCCUGCCCAUACCAUAACCCCACUGCCAUCAUGGGGCACUCUGUUCACAACGUUGACAUCAGCAAAUCGCUCACCCACACAAUGCCAUGCACAUGGUCUGUGGUUGUGAGGCUGGUUGGACGUACUGCCAAAUUCUCUAAAACGAUGUUGAGGCGACUUAUGGUAGAGAAAUUAACAUUCAAUUCUCUGGCAAUAGCUCUGGUGGACAUUCCUGCAGUCAGCAUGCCAAUUGCAUACUCCCUAAAAACUUGAGUCAUCUGUGGCAUUGUGUUGUGACAAAACUUAACAUUUUAGUGGCUUUUUAAUGUCCCCAACAGAAGGUGAACCUGUGUAAUGAUGAUGCUAUUUAGUCAGCUUCUUGAUAUGCCCCAUAUGUCAGGUGAUGGAUUAUCUUGACAAAGGAUGCAUGCUCACUAACAGGGAUGUAAACAACGUUGUGCGCAAUAUUUGAGAGAAAUAAGCUUUUUGUACAUAUGGAACAUUUCUGGGAUCUUUUAUUUCUGUUCAUGAAACGUGGGACCAACACUUUACAUGAUGCUUAAAAAAUGUUGUUCAGUGUAUGUAUGGUAGGCAAAGCAAAGACUUCAACAAUAUACAGAAGCUAAGAAAACCAUCUGAUUCGUAUACAAAGAAAACAUAAAUUAAGUAUAUAGAUCUAUUUUGACCUCAGUGUUCAGUAAGGGUGUGUUGCACAAGUCAUUUCGCUAUGUUAGAUAUGUCUUUAACAAUGCUGAAGGUGUUGUAGUUCUGUGAGUGUGUUAAUGAUGGUCUGGGUCUAAACUGUUGAGGGACCAGAGCUGAUGCAUUACACUCAGUUCCACCACUCCAACCAGCUCAUACCUGACAGGCUGAUAAAAUUGUUUUUCAUUGUACUGUAUACCCUCACGGACAAUAAACUGAGCCUUUUGUUUCCACUGGAGUAUCAUUUAGACAAUGUAAAAAAAAAAAGCACAAUGGGGAAAGGGGGAUACAAGGGGCAGAACGAUAGAUUUUUACCUUGUCAGUUCGGGGAUUCGAUUCGGCAACCUUUCGGGUUACUGGCACAACGCUCUAAAUGAAGAUUGCUUUUACGUCAGGACACAGUGGAUUUGAUCAAAUACCUUUAUUUGAUAUCGAAAUUGAUUAUUAUGGCUUUUAUAAAAAUAUGGCUCAUAAAAUUAGGAUAUAGUAUGCCUAUUUGCCAUGAGUUGCCUACCUGUAUUUCCUACUCAGAGGAACAAUGAGCUGGUUCAGCAGCCAAUCUGAAAGCAGUUUUGUGUCCCAGUCAAAAUGAAGACAUCCAAUCACAUUGCUGUAGAGGGCGGGACUUCGAUAGCUUUGUGCUUUUCCCAGGUGAGCUAGGUCAUUCAACACAACAUGGACAAAGGUAAUUUUAAAACUUAAAAAUCCGGUUAAAACAAUAGCUUGAGUUUAUCCGAGGAUAUCUGUAUGCUGUCGAGUGAAUUAAUGUAGCGUUAACACCUUCCAGCAACUUAGUAGUCAGUCAUUGUUGGUGAAAUGGUGCUGGUGAAUAUCUGCACAUAAUCAACGCUUUAGUUUUUAUAAAUGUAUUUUUCAGCCGUACAAUUCAUUUUGUCAGAGCGUUUUAUUUUAUUUAUUUAUUUUAAUUAGACUAUAUAGAAAUGGCAAACAUGCCACGGUAGGCUAUUGUACAGCUCCCAGGCUGUUGCUGACGAACUACGCAGAUAACGUACGCAUUACCUCUAAUAAAACAUAUAAUAGUAAGGAAAGUGUACUUUAAGGCCGGUCUACUUUACAUGCCAGUAGUUUGGGAUGCUUGACUAACAUAAUGUUGCCAACAGUGCAUUCUAUUUACGCAGUUAGUUCAACGUCGCUGUCCAAGGUCCCGAACAAGCCGUAGGCGCAUGGGGGAAAUCCUCCUUCAUGACGACACCGGGUUUAUCACGCAUUGGGUUAAGUUUAGUCCAAGGUAUCCAUGGCAUCGAAAACAUGUGACAUCGUGUCUGUAAUUGGGUCAGGCAGGUUGAUGAAAGUCAGCUUAAGAAACCGUUAUCAAAAAGAGCUCAGCCGUUCAUCAUUGCUCAACCUACAGUCGAUAUGAUCUAAGAAAUUGCAGCAUGUUUGAAAUAAUUGAGCAACAUGUAUCCUUAUCAGUUCGCACAUAACAUUUGGUUGGUUAUUCAAUUGGAUGAGGUAUCUGACCCUGCAUGAUAUCUUACCUACUGCAUACAUUGGACAGGUCUGUGUUUCUCAUGGUGUUAGGUGGGGGAGUGAGAUUCACCAUGGCCAGGAAUGGACCAGAGUGUGAGUCCAGGGAGGCAGAGGGUCUGCCAACAUGUCACAAACCACCCAUCUGCACUGGCUCCUUCAUCCAGCGCUGAGCCCCUGGAGGAGUGUGUACUGGGUAGGCGUGUGUGAAAGAGGACCCAGCUCCUGGCCAUGGCUCACUCGUCAGACCCCUCCUGCAGGGACGCAACCCCCGGGACUCAGAGGUCAGGCACGGCUACGCGCCACCUCCUCCGGAAGCAGCAGCAGCGCCGUGGAAUCCGAUCUUCCUCCCCCAUGGGCCGGGUCAUCCUCAUCAACUCUCCUGUGGACGGUGGAGAUGACAGUGAGGACAUCCAUACGGUCACAGUGGAUAAGAGUGUGGAUGGCAGGCUGGGCUUCAGCGUGCGUGGAGGCUCAGAGCACGGCCUCAGCAUCUUUGUCAGCAAGGUAGAGGACAACAGCUCCGCAGAGCAGUCAGGCCUGUGUGUGGGGGACAAGCUGGUGGAGGUGAAUGGGGUGAGCUUGGAGAGCAUCACUAUGAGCAGUGCAGUUAAAGUCCUGACAGGGAACAACAGACUGAGGAUGGUGGUGAGACGCGUGGGCAAAGUACCCGGUAUCCGCUACUCCAAAGAGAAGACAACCUGGGUGGAUCUGAUCCACGGUAGGAUGGUGGUGGAGGAGAGUGGGCGUACACCCUCCGCCUCGGUGGCCAGCUCAGAUGGGGCCCUGCGGAGGAUCAUCCACCUCUACACCACCUCAGAUGACUAUUGCCUGGGCUUCAACAUCCGAGGGGGCAAGGAGUUCGGCCUGGGCAUCUACGUCUCCAAAUUGGAUCCUGGUGGUUUGGGUGAACGGAACGGCAUCAAUAUGGGCGACCAGAUCCUUGCGGCCAACGGUGUAAGCUUUGAGGACAUCAGCCACAGCAGUGCCGUGGAGGUGCUGAAGAGCCACACACACAUCAUGCUGACCAUCAAGGAAGCGGGACGAUACCCUGCCUAUAAGGAGAUGGUGGCAGAAUACAGGUGGCUUAACAAGUUGGCCAGUGGCAAUGGGACUCGGCAGUCUUCCUCCCAGGGCUCGGACUCCAACUCCUCUGCCUCAUCCUUGUCCUCUGGGACUCCUAUCUCCUCUCUGAGCGGACUGUCUCAGGUCAUGUUCCCCCCCAGCCUGCCCUUUGGCAUGGACAUGGUGGACGUCUGUAUCUCUACUGAGGACCAGAGGUCUGAGUCUGGCCAGUGCACUGACACCGCCAUCCAGACCGACCCCUCGCCUCACAGGAUGGGUGCGGACACUAGCCACAGCCUGGGGGCCACCACCCUCCUGCAGGACUCGGCCAUCCGGGGGGAGGGAGGCAGGGAGAGAGGAGAGUCCCCCAAAACGGCCGUCCUAAUAGCCCUCAGUAGACCGAGUCAGCCCAUCCAUCGCUCCCAGAGCCAGGUCACUGUAGCAGAGGUGAAGCAGACGAAGCAGAGGAAACAGCAGAAAGGAGGGAAGAAUCCUGAGAGGAGCACCCUACAGCGCUCCAAGACCUUUGUCAACCUGCUGUUCAGGGGUCGCAGGAGAGACACCUCCAAGGGGCGCUCCAAGUCCCCCCCCAAAUCCGGGGCAGGCGGAGAUGGGGAGCGCAGGCGCAGACCCAGCGGGCCGGAUCCAGAGAUGCUGGGGGUGGUGGAGGGCAUGGCCCGCAGGCUGCUGAGUGAGGACGAGGUGGCCUCCGUCAUGAAGACCUGCCGACGGUACAUAACAGAGCGUGUGGUGGAGAACCUGGUGCGCCACCUGCUGGCCGUGCUGGACCGGCCUGAGAAGCUGUUGCUGCUGAGAGAGAUCAGAAUGCUGCUGCCUCCAGCUGACCUAGGGCUUUUCAACAACAUGGUGGUCCCAUUCGAAGUGGAGGCCUAUGAUAUCUUGAAGUACCGUUCUGUCAGAUCCCCACUUCUGCGCUCCCCCCAGUCUGGACGAGCCCCCAGACGACACCUCAUCACCCCUAUCCCAGACUUCCAGGGUGGCUUUGAGCUCCACAGUGCCCAGGAGGUGGAGAGGGAGAGCCAGCUGCUGGAGGAGUUAGAACGGCUGCGUCUGUCUGCGUCCCAGAGCCCCCGGCAGCAGCACACCCAUACCUCCAGAGCAUUCCCCCCCCCCUGCUGGACGUCCCAGUGGAUGGCUACGCCUCCUCAGACUCCCUCCGUCCUCCCCCCGUCAGCCCCCUGCUCCCCAACUGGCUGCUGGCCCACAGCAACACCACCGACCCCCCCUCCACUCUACGAGGACACAGUGGUACAGUCCGCUCCGUCCACUUUGAUGUGUCAAUGGACCAGGGAGAUACCAUCUCAGAGCGGGGGGAGGUCUCCCUUCAGGAAUGGGACUUCCAAGGGUAAAAAGGAGAAAACUGAUAAAAGGGAGAAAGAAACUGUGUUCACUCUGCAGAGUGCUCCUCGACGCAGCAGGCCCCUGUUGUCCCAGGUGUUUGGCUCUGGCCUGGACGCUGACUUCACAGCAGAGGGGUUGGGAAGGGAGCAGGUGAACGGUCAUCCCAGCUCCUCUGAGAAUGGCCUCAAUGGCAGCGCUCCGGUCAUAAAGUACGAGUUGAAAACCGUCAGCAUCUCCAAGACUAAGCAGUCACUGGGGAUCAGUAUCUCUGGUGGGAUGGAGUCCAAGGUGCAGCCGGUGGUGAAGAUAGAGAAGAUCUUCCCAGGAGGAGCCGCCUCCACGUGUGAAGUCCUGAAGGCUGGAUUUGAGCUGGUGUCAGUGGAUGGAGUGUCCCUGCAGGGCGUGACUCACCCCCACGCUGUGGAGAUCAUCCGCAGGGCUUUCAGCAACAAGGCCAAAGACCCCAUGGUGUUUAUAGUCAAAGUCCCCAAAAGCCCUUGACCCAAGACUGACUCACUGCAGAGAAAAAUGGGUCUUUGGCCUGGAGGCCCAAGACCUAAAGAGACUAGAAGCAACACAAACAGAACUACAGUGUGCUGGAAGAAGGGGAGAAAGGAGUGAAAAGUGACAGUCUGAUGGAAUUCUAUAGGUUAAUAGGAAACUCCUGUUUCCUCUAUGGUGAACAAGAAGGAUCUGGUCAAUCUAAUGAGGGGACUAAGAGACCUGCUGCCAUGGGAACCAGCAGCCAGUGUCCUAGAGCGCCAGUUCACACAAUCCUUCACUUUUCAUUAUUUGCUAUAAUGUAUUAAUAAUCGCAUCAGACGUUCACAAAUGAUGUAAAAUGAAUAUACACAUUUAUAUAGACAUUUCUUAGGACAAUACUUCACUUAAGUCAAAACUGUAAUCCGAGUGCCUUCCAGGACCCCUGUGAACUGAACGAAUGGUUGUCUGUCCGAGCCAUAGAGAUAGAUAGACAAAGAUGAGUCCUCUACGUGCCAUUGAGGCAAUCUCCAUUUUGAAGUAGUCAAUUUUCUUCUUCAAGAUUGGCAGAUCCCUCCUGAUGACUCGGUUGAACAUGACUCCAGAGUCACCAGGAGGGAUCAGCCCAUGCUAAUAACAGCCUUUUGGCCACUAGAGGCCUCCAUCAUUGGCUAUGGUCUGAGCCAGUGUAGAGCGGUGGCUAGCAUACCUGCUUGUGAUCAGAAGAUGGCAGGCUUGGAUCCACCUGUCAGUUGAUGGUAAUGUUAAUACCAUGUAUAGACACACAGAGCCAUAAACUGAUAGUGAUCAUCUUGAUUGGAAAGUCACAUGUUAAUAUCAGGUGUAAACAUGACCUGAGUUUCUCUAAUUAUUGGUGAAAUGUCUACAGGCCACAAUCUGGAUACAGGAGAGUGACAUGUUAGCACACUGUAUAAACAGGACUUAACAUAAUAAAAUAAAGAGCCUCUGACUAUUUAUUUUACUACUGUGGCUUGAUGUUCCUUUUCUGACCUACUCAUAGAAUAAACCACUUAAUACAUGCUUUUUGAUAAUUACAUUGUUUAUCUUGGCCAGGUCGCAGUUGUAAAUGAGAACUUGUUCUCAACUGGCCUACCUGAUUAAAUAAAGGUGAAAUAUAUAUACAUUUUUUAAAUAACAGAAAUGUCAAUC